AUGUUUGGUGCUCGUCCUUAUAUUCCAAGACCAUAUCCUUAUGUUCGUCAACCAGCUAGACCAUCGUCUGGCAAUGCUUGGAAAUCAGCAUGGCCAUUUAUUAGUUCAACUAUUGUUGCAUUUCUUAUAAUAUUAUGUGUUAUGAUCAUUGGUGCACUUGAAACAGCAUCAUUAGCAAUAAGUACAGAUAAUGAUCUGUAUGGAAAUACUUCUUCAACAGGUGCUGGUUUUUGGUGUGGAUUCUUUGUUUUUAUUGCUGCUUUGCUUAUUAUUAUAGCAAAUUUGGUACAUCAUACUCGUUUUUGGGCAACAAUAGCUAUGAUUGCAACUAUUAUUGCUGUUGGUUUUUCUGUUAUUCUUAUUGGUUUAGCUGCUAAAGCUGUACAAGAUGGCAAUGAUCGAUUUUCUUCAUUACCAAGAAAAUCAAGAGUUCUUGCAGCACAAUUAGCUUUUGCUAUUCUACAACUUGUGCUCUGUGGCAUCUAUAUUAUUAUUUAUACUGUCGUUUUUAUGUCGACUUAUGGUCGUGUACGUUCACGAAGAUGA